GCGUCCGCGCAGGCGCGCGAGGCACAGCGGGCGCGCGGGCCGGCCCCGGGGCCUCCAUGAUGGAGGAGCGAGCGGCCGCCGCGGUCGCCUCGGCCGCCUCCUCCUGCCGCCCUCUGGGCUCGGGCCCGGCUCCCAACCCGACAGCGGCGGCCCCGGCCUCCAGCCCUGCUCCUGGGCCCGGCCCGGUAGGAAAAGGAGGUGGCGGUGGAGGCAGCCCGGGCCCCACGGCGGGUCCGGAGCCCCUCAGCCUGCCUGGGAUCCUGCACUUCAUCCAACACGAGUGGGCACGCUUCGAAGCCGAGAAGGCCCGCUGGGAGGCCGAGCGCGCCGAGCUGCAGGCUCAGGUGGCUUUCCUCCAGGGCGAGAGGAAAGGCCAAGAGAAUCUCAAGACGGACCUGGUGCGGCGGAUCAAGAUGUUGGAGUAUGCGUUGAAGCAGGAGAGGGCCAAAUAUCAUAAACUGAAGUUUGGGACAGACCUGAAUCAGGGGGAGAAGAAAGCAGAUCUGUCAGAACAAGUCUCCAAUGGCCCUGUGGAGUCGGUCACACUGGAGAACAGCCCGUUGGUGUGGAAGGAGGGGCGGCAGCUUCUGCGACAGUACCUGGAAGAGGUGGGCUACACAGAUACCAUCCUGGACAUGCGGUCCAAGCGUGUGCGUUCUCUUCUGGGCCGCUCAAUGGAGCUCAACGGGGCCACUGAGCCUAUUGAGGGGGCUCCCAGGGCUUCACCAGGCCCUGGGGGACUUAGUGGUGGCGAGUCUCUGCUGGUGAAACAGAUCGAGGAACAGAUCAAGAGAAAUGCAGCAGGCAAAGAUGGCAAGGAGCGCCUGGGUGGCUCGGUACUGGAGCAGAUCCCCUUCCUGCAGAACUGUGAGGACGAGGACAGCGAUGAGGACGAUGAGCUAGACAGUGUUCAACACAAGAAGCAGCGUGUGAGACUCCCUUCCAAGGCCCUAGUGCCUGAAAUGGAGGAUGAGGAUGAGGAAGAUGACUCAGAAGAUGCCAUCAAUGAGUUUGAUUUCCUGGGCUCAGGAGAAGAUGGAGAGGGGUCUCCAGAUCCUCGACGUUGUGCUGCAGAGGGGAACCCCCAUGAGCUGGAAAGCCGGCGAGUCAAACUCCAGGGAAUUCUUGCUGACCUCCGGGAUGUGGAUGGGCUGCCCCCCAAAGUGACUGUCCCACCUCCUGGCACACCCCAGCCCCGGCCUCAUGAAGGUUCCUUUGGCUUCUCCUCAGACGUCUUCAUCAUGGACACUAUCGGGGGCGGGGAGGUGAGCCUGGGGGACUUGGCAGAUCUCACCGUCACCAAUGACAACGACCUCAGCUGUGAUCUGUCUGACAGCAAAGAUGCCUUCAAGAAGACAUGGAACCCCAAGUUUACUCUCCGCUCACACUACGAUGGCAUCCGCUCACUGGCCUUCCACCAUAGCCAGUCAGCGCUGCUCACUGCCUCUGAGGAUGGCACACUUAAACUGUGGAACCUGCAGAAGGCAGUUACAGCUAAGAAAAAUGCUGCCCUAGACGUGGAGCCGAUUCAUGCUUUCCGUGCUCACAGGGGACCUGUGCUGGCAGUCACCAUGGGCAGCAACAGCGAGUACUGUUACAGCGGUGGGGCUGAUGCCCGCAUCCACAGCUGGAAGGUUCCGGACCUCAACAUGGACCCCUACGAUGGCUACGACCCAAGUGUGCUGAGCCACGUCCUGGAAGGCCAUGGGGAUGCUGUGUGGGGGCUGGCUUUCAGUCCCACCUCCCAGCGUCUGGCAUCCUGCUCCGCUGAUGGCACCGUCCGCAUCUGGGACCCCAGCAGCAGUGGUCCAAGCUGCCUCUGUACCUUCCCCAUGUCUGGAGAACACGGGAUCCCCACCUCAGUGGCCUUCACCAGCACCGAGCCUGCUCAUGUUGUGGCCUCCUUUCGUUCUGGUGACACCGUUCUUUAUGACUUGGAAGCUGGCAGCGCCCUCCUCACACUGGAGUCCCGAGGGAGCAGUGGCCCAGCACAGAUCAACCAGGUGGUGAGUCACCCAAACCAGCCCCUCACCAUCACUGCGCACGAUGAUAGGGGCAUCCGGUUCCUGGACAAUCGGACGGGUAAAUCCGUGCAUUCCAUGGUCGCCCACCUGGACGCAGUCACCUGCCUAGCCGUGGACCCCAAUGGCGUGUUCUUGAUGUCAGGAAGUCAUGACUGCUCUCUGCGCUUGUGGAGCCUAGACAACAAGACGUGUGUGCAGGAGAUCACAGCCCACCGCAAGAAGCAUGAGGAGGCCAUCCAUGCAGUGGCCUGCCAUCCCAGCAAGGCACUUAUCGCCAGUGCUGGUGCUGAUGCCCUAGCCAAGGUCUUCGUAUGAUCCCACCUGGCCUCGCCCUGGCUACACAGUGGCAGGGAGCGGGGCCAGGCCAGUGGGGCUGAGGCAGCCCCCAGCCUCCCUUGAGAGGCUCAGAGUCUCGGCCUCUUUCAUCUUCCUGGAGCCUGGUGGUGCUAAUGGCCCUUUCCCCAGGAAUUAACCCUUGAGGAUGGCCUCUGGGGUUUCUGCUCAUGCCCCAGCCCUAACUCCUGAUAUAGCUGUCUCCUGAGUUUGGCACAGCCAGGGAUGGGUGUCCUUGGGGAUCUGUUUUUUCCAAGACAAUAGAAGGUGCCAGGCUCUACCCUAGAGUGCCACCCCAGGCUAUCCUCUUGGACCUCAGUCCCUUCCUCCUGCUUUCAAACACUAACCAAGCCUCUGGGGCCAGGCCUUCCUGGGGAGGGCCUCCACUCCUCUGGGGCACUCUCCCAGUCACAGACCCUCCUUGAGAUGUA